AUGGAAGUGGUCGUAAAUGCUAUAUGCGAGUUGUGUAGGCAUGAUGUUUUGCAGUUUACUGUUCUAACAUCUAUGGCAUCAAUUUUGUGGGUUGUGCUGUACUUAUCUCUGUCCGAUUGCUUUUAUGAUGCUGGUUGGACAGAGGAUCUGCGGGCAGUCAUUAAUCAUCUCCAUGAAUACCCCAACGCUCCUUUAUUUGUUGUUGGAAUGAGUAUGGGAGCCAAAUUUUGGUAUGUGAAAUAUCUUGGGGAGGAUGGAGAUAGUAUUCCAGUUGCCGGAGCUGUAGCAAUAUGUUCUCCUUGGGACCUUCUGAUUAGUGAUGGAUUUAUACGCCGUAGGCUGUUGCAAAAAAUUUAUGACAAAGUUCUUGCAAUUGGCCUUCAAGGCUAUGUACAAUUACACCGCCCUAUUUUUUCUCGGCUCGCUAAUUGGGAAGGUAUAAAAAAGUCGCGUUCUAUUCGUGAUUUUGAUUAUCAUGCUACUCGCCUUGUUCGGAAAUUUGAGACUGUGGACACAUAUUAUGGGCAUUGUAGCAGUGUUAGUUAUGUAGGAAACGUAUCAGUGCCACUACUCUGUAUCAGUGCAUUAGAUGAUCCAGUUUGUACUAGGGAAGCCAUUCCUUGGGAUGAAUGCAGGUGGGUAAGGGCUGUGGACGAAUUUUUAAGAGUUUUACAUUGUAGCCAACAUAUGCAUGUAAAGAAGGUCGUCUCGGAUCGUUACUGGGAGAUUACUCCUGAUGUACACCUUCCGGUCUGA